UUCAUCUGACAGUGACAGAUCUCGCGAGAAGCAGCCGAGUUUUGUUUUCUUUUUCCCCGUCGUUGCGGUCGCGUGAAAAGUGAAGUGAAGUGCAUUCUGCCCUGGCCACUGAAAAAAAGUUCCCUUUGACCGUGUGCUUAUCGUGGUUGCAUUUUAUCGUGCGAAUUUAUUGCGUUUCGCGAUUUUGGAACACCGCGUGAGUUGGCCAGCAGUCCGGGUUUUCGCCGUGAAUCGGAACGGGAGUGUUUUGGAACCAUUCUUACGCAAAUCGGUCGGUAUAGUGAGUGACGAAAAAAUGAUGUUCGAAUCUGUGCCACGAUGGGUCCGUGUUUCGGCCGUCAUUCUCGGGGUCGCAGUCGGGUCGGAAGUGCUGUACGAGGUUUUCCUCGGCUGGAAAUCGUACUGCGAGCAACGUCGGGCUCGCCAACGCGCCUCCAGUCACAUGAACGAGGUGUAUUUUACGAACGAGCGUUGCACCCUGGCGAACGCGCCCGGAACGACGAUGGCCAGCUUUACGACGGAACACGUCGGUCGGAUUGUGGCUCUGCUGGACCGGGCGCGUGUCUCCGUGAAUCUGGGAAUGUACAUCAUUACCGUGUCCAGCAUUGGGGACGCGCUGAUCCAGGCCGCGAAUCGGGGGGUCCGAGUGCGGGUCGUCGGCUGUUCAACGAUGGCCUACAGUUCCGGUUCGCAGAUGACCAGAUUGGCUAAUGCAGGAAUCCCAGUGCGUUUCGAUCGGAAGGAAAGUGCCUAUCUGAUGCACCACAAGUUCUGUCUGGUCGACACCGAUUGGUUCUGUUCCCGGUGCUAUCACGAAGAAAAGUUACGCAGAAAGGGCUUCUGCUGUGAUACCGUGUUCGGAAAGCGAGGCAAAAGUGCCAGUGCCGUCGGUUCAGUGGCCGAUUCCGGCGCGGGGGGUGAUGAUUUGGGAAGCCCUGCGGGGGGUGGCAGCGGCUCCCGGAAAGUGCAGUGCGUCGAUGAUGGGUCGCGGUGUGUGCGCUGCGAUUCGCAGCAGAAGAAACAAGUGGAAAAGCGCAAGCUCAAGGUGGAAGCCACCGAGCCGUUGCCGAUCGGGGGGUUGCUCAUCACCGGGUCCACCAACUGGACCAUGCAGGCCAUGUCCGGCAACUGGGAUAACAUGGUGAUGACGUCGAUGCCGGAGCUGACCACACCGUUCCAGUUGGAGUUUCAGCGCUUGUGGCGGGACUUCGCCAACCAUCCACUGUUGAUCAGCCCGUGGGCUCAGGUCACGGGUGGCGGUGUUGUCGUUAAGCAGUGAGCGGAACGCGGAGAGAAGAGAGAGAGAUAAACCCCAAACUUCUAUAUCUGACUUUUAAAGUUACCAGACAAGAUGAUUCGAUACCGGAAAGGAUUCAGAAUGACGAAGGCAGCGAAGGGCUUCCGAUUCGACUGCCGAGGUGAGACACCACAUCUUUGGCAAAUUAUAAGAUAGUUGUGUCCGUCACGUAUUGACCAAAUUCUCAGACCAUAGAGCAUUUAUUUACUUUGUAAAAGUAUAGUUAAACUUGUCACUCAGUGAACUUAAUUUUAAUUGUGGCGAACCCUGUAGACGAAGGUAUCAUUGAACUCAUCAAAUAAAAAAAAACAUCUUCCAUUAUCGCAGAA